AUGUAUACGACAAUUGCAAUAUCACAAUUAUUACAGGCAAGAAUUUAUGGUGGAACUGAGACUGGAGUUAAUGAAUUCCCGAUGAUGGCAGGAUUAAAAUCAGAUGACAGACGUGGUAUCUUUUGUGGUGCAGUGAUCAUUUCAAACCACAGAGCCAUGACAGUCCAACAUUGCCUUGCUCAUGUGAAUUCCAACAGCAAUUUAAGGCUUAUCGUGGGGGAGCAUAAUAUAAAAAUUGAAGAUGAGACUCCAUACACCAAGGAAUAUGAGAUUGAGAGUUUCACGUGUAUGGGUGGUUGUGAGAGGCCAAGUGGGAUUAUUGAAUUUACUGCUGACCUGGCUCUAGUCAAGACGAAGGAAGAAAUUAUUUUUAAUCAUGGAGUAGGAAUAACAUGUCUUCCUUGGAGACAUUACAAUGAAGAUUACGAUGAAUACGCUGGUCAGAAGGUUGAGGUAGCCGGUUGGGGAUGGACGGAACAUAACUUUGGGCCUGAUGCUCUUCAAAAAGUCACUCUAGAUGUGAUAACUUUGUCAUCCUGUCGUGAUACUUGGACUGCAGAUAAUAUCACAUCUGCAAAAAUGUGUACACUGACAACAGAUAAAGACACCUGCAAUGGCGAUUCCGGGGGAAGUAUUUUCUGGACAGCACCAGACAAUGGACACCUUUACUCAAUAGCACAUAAGAAGCCCAAAAUGCCCCAAGUAGCAGCUCAAGAAGCCCAAGAAGUGCAGCAGACUAGAGAAGUAGGUCAAAAGCCCAAGCCAUUUGUUUUGGGAGGAGAUGAAAGACGCAAAUGGAGGUUAUGGGAAGCUUCCUUUGGCUGGUAUGCCAACAACAUUGAGCUCAGUAAAAUGUCCGGAAGCAAGCAGGUGACAAUUUUUCUGUCCUGUUUGGGGCCAGAGAUCAUAGACAUCCUUGACAGUUUUGAUUUGACGGAGAAUCAGAUGACGCAACUUUCCACAGUCAAAGAGAGAUUUCGGGCACACUUCAAUGCUCAAGAUAAUCCAGCAUAUGAGGCCUGGGUAUUCAAUAAAUCUGAUCAAGAAGAGGGAGAGACGUUCACCGACUACGUGACAAAGCUCAAAGCUCAGGUAAAAAGGUGCAGUUUUACCGAAACAGGCAGCAAUUUGGUCAAUAGAUUGGUGCGUGAUAGAAUAAUCAGUGGAGUGAGAUCAGAGACACUCAGAACAAAGCUACUGGAGGAACAUAAUCUCUCUUUGGAGAAAGCAGUGAGUAUGGGCAAGGCUCAUGAGGCAGCUGUUAGUCAGAACAAGAAGAUUGCAGAAGAUUUCCGUGAAGUAAAAAGUGAGGUUAACCUUGUUAAACGUGGGGCUGCUGCGCAAAAGCGCAAAACAUGUGCUUGGUGUGGGAGAGAACACAAGCCGAGAGAAUGUCCAGCAUACGGAAAAACUUGUGGAAAAUGUGGAAAACUCGGGCAUUUUAAAGAUGUUUGUCGCAGUAAGGCUUCUGCAAGGACCAGGAAGGUUGAAAAGGAGAUCGAUGAUUCUGAAAGUGACUGCAGCGAAGAAAAAGUUGUGGAUUCACUUAAAGUGUUUCAAGUCGGUGGGAAGGCUGAUGGUGAUAGAUGGACCGAAAAAGUGAUGUGUGGGCGUAAGAGAAUCAAAGUGGCAAUUGAUACUGGAGCUCAAUGCAGCGUGAUGUCAGCGAAGACAGCUAAUUUAAUAGGAGUAGGUUCUGUGCAGAAAUCUCCAAUCAAGAGGCUAGUAACGUACAGUGGAGACAAGAUACUGGUAAAGGGUAGAGCGUUUGUGGAUUGUGUGAUUCGUGGGGAGACAUUCCGAAUUUCUUUCCAAGUGGUAGACAAGGAUUGUGCUACCAUUUUGGAUGGUGAUUCUGCUGUGAAAGCCAAGUUGAUUACUCGCAUUCAACAAGUGACAGCUGACCGGGCAGAGGACUCCACCUAUGGAUUUGAGCCCUUGCGAGAUCUCGUAAACAGUGAUGAAGAUUACAAGUGGAAGUCAGAGCAUCAGAAGGCUUUUGACACUAUUAAAAAGAGUCUUCAGGAAGCGCCUGUGCUGCAGUAUUUCAAGGUGGGCGAUCCAGUAGUGCUCUCGGUUGACAGCUCUUCGAGAGCCUAUGGAGCGGUAUUGAUGCAAAAUGGCUUGCCGGUGGCAUAUGCAACAAGAAGUUUGACAUCAGCAGAGCAAAACUAUCCGCAACUGGAAAAAGAGGCAGGUGCUAUUCGGUUUGGAUGUACAAAAUUUCACAGUUAUAUUUGGGGUGCGGCAGUCACCAUUGAAACUGAUCAUAAACCGUUAGAAGUAAUCUUCAGGAAGCCAAUGGUUGAUGCUCCACCGAGACUCAGAAGAAUUCUAUAUGAUGUCAAACCUUAUGCACCCAAAGUUGUGUACAAACCAGGAAAGGAGAUUCCAGUCGCAGAUGCAUUGAGCAGAAUUUGUGCUUCUGAAGAGGCAACGUCAGAGGAAAUCUUGGCUGAUGAGAGGGAGGUUUAUGCGAUUUCAUGCCUGGAGAAGUCAGCAGAAAUUCGUUAUAAAAACGCUACUUUGGAGGACAAAACUCUUCAGGAUCUGAUGCGAUAUAUUAAGACAGGAUGGCCAGAUCACGCGAAUCAAGUUAAACAAUCAGUAAGAAGCUAUUUUACGUUUAAAGAGGAGCUCUCGGAGUAUGAAGGAAUAGUCUACAAAGGCGAAAAGAUUGUGAUACCGGAAGCAGAAAGGGCAACUUUGCUUAAACUUAUCCACAAAGGUCAUAACGGUAUUAAUUCAAGUAUUCGAUUGGCAAGAGAGUUUCUAUACUGGCCCGGCAUGGCAGCUGAUAUUAAAAAUUUUGUGGAAAAAUGUCGGGUGUGUCAGCAAACACAAGCAGCGAAGCAGAAGGAAGAGAUUUUCUUGAAGAAGAUUCCUGAAUAUCCGUUCCAGAUUGUGGCUAGUGAUUUGUUUCAUUUCGCUACAUAUGAUUUUGUGCUCCUUGUGGAUUCAUUCAGUGGAUUCUACGAGUUCAAGAAACUGCCUGAGGCUAGUUCUGAAGAAGUCAUUCGUUUUCUAAAGGAGAAAUUUGCUUUACUUGGUUGUCCAGAAGAGUUACAUACAGACGGAGGACCUCAGUAUUCGUCAAAAGCGUUUACCCAAUUUGCAAGAGAUUGGGGAUUCAAACAUGAAAAAUCCAGUCCUGGAUUUCCACGUGCCAAUGGGUUGGCUGAGCGCUAUGUUCAGAAGGCAAAAAAGUUGAUUAAGAAGUGUUCAUUAAGCGGUGAAGACAUUCAUCAUGCGCUUCUAGUGCAACGGAACGUGCCCAAAGAAAAUCUUGGUUCGCCGAUGGAACGAUUGAUGGGAAGAAGAACACGUACAAAUUUGUGUGCUGCAAAGGAGUUGCUUUCCCCAAAAGAUACGCCAAAUGUCACGGAAAUGUUGCAGAAGUGUCGAGAGAAACAGAAAGUCUACGCUGAUCGCGGAGCGAAAAGAUUCAAAGAGUUAAAAAUUCAAAGCAGAGUCAGGAUGCAGAAUACAGAUGGUUCAUGGUCGUCUGGAACGGUGAAAGAAAAAAAGGGGGAAAGAUCAUAUGUCGUGGUGUUGGAUGAUGGUCGUGAACUAUGGAGAAAUAGCCAUUUCAUUGAGCCAACAAAGUCAGCAGGACCAAUCAUUCCAGAUAGAUUUGUGAAGUUCCCGGAUCUUGUUGGAGAGGCGGAGUCUACAGAACAGACUGAAGUGCAGGCAACCGCAGAAGUUGAAGAAGGACUAAGUCAGCAACCAAGGCCGAACGGUUCGCAAAUUAGAGAGGAGCAGCCUGGACCAUCUACAGGACGUUAUGUCACUCGAUCUGGUAGAGAAGUUAAGCCACCUGAGAAAUUGAAUUUGUGAGUCGUUAACUAUAUUCUUUAUUUGAUUAUUUGAAUCCAAUGAAGUCAGUCACUAUUAAAUUUAGAAGAGUGUUUUCAAUCUAAUUAAAUAUUUCAAAUGGAGUUGCUUAUUUAAAAGAGAAAGGAUGUGACGUGGUGAAUUUAACAGUGUAUAACUGUCAGUUGAAAUAGAGUUGAGUUGAGAGUGCCG